GUUGCUCUGGAUAUAUGAUAAAACUAAGACAAGUUGUGGACAGCUUUAAGUGACAGAUUCUCAGAAUGCAUCCUGAUCUUCAACAAGAAUGUGUUCCUGUUCUUAAGAUCCUCGUCUGGGUUGGCGUCUUUGGCAACUGCUUGGCGGUUUUUCUGUUGCUACGAAAGAGACAACUUCAGUCAGCUGCAUGCAUCAUACUUCUUUCAAUAUUGGAUUGCGUGAUCCUCGUAAAGCUGUUCUUACGACUGCAGAACCAGCUUCCACCAAUACGCGAGCUGUGUACACUGAUGGUGAUGUCGUCAGACCAGUCCAGCGUGUGCAAAAUGGCCGCUUUGGUCAUGGAAAGGUUGCUGCUCCAGUCAUCAGUUCACAGAACAGUCCGUGGGCCACGUGUUGGAAAGAUUUCUGGCAAAUGGAUGCCACUGUUUAUCGCAGUGUGUGCACUUUCCCCAGUCGUCCUUCUUGUGUACGUCUCACAGAGUCUGGAGCUAGGCGGCGAAUGGCGUCUGCUGCUAAAGAUUCUUCAAAUCCUGCUACUCCUCGUCUUACCCUUAGCUGGGAUGGCGUACUUGGUCAUCAGCAUUCGUCGGUUUCUGAAGAAGAUGGUGCAGGCGACUUCAGACUAUCCCAUGAAUCACAGCGUCCUUGACAAUGACAGUAAAGCUGACAGACAAUUCACCACAUAUCUCAUUUCCAUAGCAAUGGUGUCUUUCGUGACAUACCCGAUAUAUGCCACAGUCUUAGUAGCUGAUUACAUGUUUCCUGAUCUAUCUGGACAUGGAAUUGGUAUUGUAACAUCUUUGACCAUUAUCGUGCAGUGCGGGGUCAAUGUAUGUCUACAACUGGUGCACACAAAACUAUUACCAUGCAGUUCCUCUGGAUCAGGAUUUUGUGAAGAUCAAAGCAAAAGAUAAGGCUUAUUGGCGACCUUAAAAUGGCCGAAUCAUGAAUGGGGUUAGAUGUUAGGAAUUCGUAUGAGAUGUGAUCAUCAUCGCUGCCCCUAAAAUAUCCAAGUUCACCUUUUGUUUUUCAUGAGCACGCCCUUUGGCGAGUUGAUCGAUGUGUUCUUUGCCAGGUAGUCCCCCUAUAACACAAUUCCUGUAUACAUAGUUCCCUUUAAGUGUAAUUAAUGCUACAGUGUGUAUACUAACAAAUCCAAUCCCAAAGACGACAAUAGUAAAAUAUGUGGCUAAAACCACGAAAUUAAAUACUACCACCCCUCACCCUUAAAGUGAAUCACAAAACUAUACGGAUGACCACUUAAAGUCAUUGCUAUAUAAAAACCCAGCAGUACACGAAGAACCACUAAUCGUUUGACGCGGUUGAGGUUAAGGACCACACAGAUACUGAUAUCUAAGAAACCCGCUGUCGCAACUUCAUAGGCUACUCUUUUCGAUUAGCAGCAAGGGAUCUUUUAUAUGCA